AUGGGUCGUACUUCAACAGUAGCCAUGAACAUGAAUAGGGUCUUGCCAUAUGAUAUUCCAAAUGACAUUUUGAAACAGGAACGGAAAAUGGAUGUGACGACCAUUCUUGCUCUAAAAGAGGUAAUUAUCUUUGUUGUCUACUGCAACCUUUCUGAACAAAUACAAUAGAAAGGAAACAGUUCUUUACAAAGUAUAUAACAAUUACGACAGAAGUUUGUCCACUAUCAGAUAUACAUCAACUAUGAUUUUUGAGAACAUUUUGAAGACUCACUUUUUUAAGAUUGCAUUUAACUAAAUUAAAUUGAUGAUUUUAAAAAAUGACAUAUGUAACUAUGCUAGUAAAAUAUGUAGGUUAAAUCUCUAUAUCAACAACUGUAGAGCGAAUUUGAUCAUAUUCAUAUGCUAUUUUGCACUAUAUAAGUUUUAAUUAUUAUUAAACAAAUUUGUACAUAUAUUGUGUUUUGUAGGGUAGUUGGCCGACAAUAUUUGUGCCAGAGGAAACAUUAUGUAAUUUGUGCAAAGCUGCUCUUGGAAGUGCAAGAAAUCAUCCUAGAGCAAACUCAAAGUGUUACCUAUUAACAAAUGGCAAUCCUUACCAUCCUGUUGAAAUUAAAGUAAAAGUUUGCCCCAAUAAAGUCUGCAAAGCAAUGCAUCAAGUUUGGCCAAUCAAGUUAGGUACUGUAAGUACAAUAUUCUAAUGGUGUUACUUGCACUGUGAAAUAUUGUGUGUCUCGGAAUUUUGGCUUACAAAAUCACAACCUCAAAACCUGUGAUAUUACUGUAUCUAAAGUCACCCAUCCUUGUUGGUCUGUUGUUUCCUAAAAAAAUGCAAGAAAUAGGAUAGGAGAGUUACAGUAGCCUAUGGUAUAAUUUGUUGGUGUGCUAUUAAGGUGCAUAUCACAUGAGAUUUCUUAUUUUCUUACAUGAAAGAACUCUUUAAGCUGUAGUGUAAGUGUAACUUAUUUUUCAGUUGUUUUUAUGGUUUGUUCCCAAGAUAUUUCAAUUUGUUUGAUAUGUAAAUGAAUGUGAAUAUGUCUGCUAAUUUAUGACAUCACUUUGGUUGCAAGCUCUUCAAAGUGGUUGAAUAUCACUGCAAUCAUCCAAGUCAAGAUGGUAGUUUCAAACUUCACUCUCUGGUACUGUAAAUGUGAUGAAACGCUAGAGAAAAACAUGAACUGAUAUCUACAGUUUUUAGAGUUAAUAGAUUUACAGUACAACCAGUGUAAGUUGAGCUUGCAACCAAAGUGAUGUCAUAAAUUAGCGGACAUAUUCACACUCAUUUACAUAUCAAAAAAUUGAAAUGUCUCUGGAACAAACUAUAAAAUCAUGAAACUAAAAAAUAAGUUACACUACAGCUUAAAGAGUUCUUUCAUUUAAGAAGAUAAGAAGUUUUAUGUCAUAUACACUUUAAAUUAACUGAACAUUGCAUUAUGAUAUGGUUCCAAACACAUUCAAUAUUUUGGCAGUUAUUUUGAAAACAUGACUGCACAAAAUAAAUAGUACUUUAAUAAUAAUUACAUGCCUAUACUGAACAUUAAUUAAACAUUAGUAAAUUAAUUAUCAAAUGUUCUGUUAAGGGUAUUCUUGUUGUAAAUAGUAGUUUCAGGUGAUUAUAAUGUUUUAAUUUACGUUUUGAACAGACCUUUUCAAUAUCUGUGACAAAGCACUGGUUGCACUGGAGGUUCUUUUGGAAUUAAGAGAGCUUUUUAACAAAGGUGUUCCAAUAUCUUCUGCUAUCGAGGCAAAACUUACAGCUUGGACGAAGCGGUUAGACAAGGUACCAUACAAUGUUGUAGCUAAGCCCCCAGUUAUACGAUACUGGAUUUGUAUCGGAGCGAUAUCAAUUUAAGGUGUUUUCCAGUCUUAUCUGCUCUUACAGGUUUUUAUUUAUAUAUGUUAUAUUAUCAUAAUUUUAAGUGCCAAAUUCACUACGAAGCAGUAAAAUUUGAUGUCGGUCCAAUGCGAAUCCGGUAUCGUGUAACUGGGGCCUAAUAAUUAAUAAUUAAUAUUCAAAGGAAAUGAAAAUUCAAAGGAAAUGAAUGUUUAAUCAAUGUUUGUAAAUCGGAUAAAGAUUUGUGCUGAUUUACAUAAAUUUCAGCUUGAUUUUCUCGGCUUAGACAAUGUUUAUUUUUAAAAUUACUUGGCCAAUGAACUCAUAAGAUGGGUCACUUUUUAAGCUUUCCAGAUAAAGAUCGACUGCUCAUGUUUUAACUAGUACUUAAAUCUAAUUAAUAGAGAUAAAUUCUAUCAGGGUUGUAUGCUGGAUUUUUUCACCAGGGGGGGGGGAUAUUCAGCUGAUGUGCUGAUAAAAUCUCAAAAUACAGUAUACAACAAAGUAUUAUUAAAUUACAUGUUUACUUGAUUAAAAAAGUGUAAAUCCUGCUGCACAAACUGCUAUGUACAGCUUUGAAUUCUGUAAAUUCCUUUAAAAACCUUCUAUUUAUAAUAUGAGCUGCAAAUGGUCAUUCAUCAGUAGAGACAAUGUCUCUACAGAUGAAUGACCAUAAUUAUUAAUUCAUUAUCAUAAUAUGGUAUUUCAUCUAUAUAUCUAUUAAUAAAAAACCAAUACUAUAUCAAUAUAUCAAUGGACGUGUGCUGCUUUAAAACUAUUAUUAAUAGUAUUGUGUAUCUACAGGCUCAACAGUUGUCGUUUGGUCAACAGAAAUAUCUUCAGCAUCUGUUAUACAAUGGGUUUUACUGUUGGGAAAUCAUGACAGAACGUUCAAUGAACAAUGGUAUUUGUGGCAUAAUUGGGCAGUUCUAUCUAGGAGAUGGUAAUCAGAAGAAUUGCUGCUCCCUCAAAGGGGUACUGUUAUUAUUAAUAUUUGAUGUACUGUAUAUAGUAGUUGUGGUAUAUAGUACACUAUAUUGUGGUAGUUAGGUGUAAAUCUUUUAUCAAGCAGUGAUUUGACUAAUUUAAGGUUAAUCAUAAUGUAAAAGAACACACUUCGAAAGAAAGUCCAGUGCCAUUGGAAAGUUUCCUGGAUUUGGUAAAGAAAGAUUGGAUUGAGCGUAUAACAUUUAGAAUGCAGCUGAUGUUCCUCCUAUAA